AUGGUUGUAUACGAGGAACUAAAAUACGUAGGAUUUGUUCAGUUGAUUGAGCUGAAAGCUUUAGCACUCUUGACGAAUCUAUAUGAUUUUUUCAAAGAUAACUCCCUUUGUCUCAAAAGUGCGAUUGUUUCUGUGGAAAGCAAAGUCAUCUCCUCCUUACAACUGAUUAACGAGAAGCUCAUAAUAUUGUGUGACUAUAAGCUUAGUUUUAUUGAUGACAAGUUGGACAAAUACGCUCCAGAUUUUAUCAAGAACCUCAUCGCCGGAUUAAAUUCAUAUAUUAAAGAAAAAGUAUCUUUUAUUGAGGAAUUCUUUGGACCACUAGUCCACAAAGUAAGAACUAUCCUUGAGGAUGGGUUAAGCAGGAUAGAGUCCCUCUUCCAAAAGUUUAUUGACGCCCAGAAGUCUGUAUUCCAAAACUUGGUUUCUAGAACUGAAUCCAUCCUUGAGAAUGGACUUGACUAUGCUAAAGAAGCACUAGACAAAAUCAAAAUUGUUGUGGGAAGUAUCCCAAUCAUUGGUGAGGCAGCACAAUCUAUGAUCACUAUACGCAUAGAUAUGGCUAUUCAGUGGAUCGAGACCACAACAUCUUACAUCAAGGAAAAUGGUAUAUUUGGAACCAUAACCUCAACAGUUAACCAAGUUGUAAAGGAAACUGAAGAAAUAAGUGCAUCCAUCAUCCAAAAAGGUACCGAAUCAGCCAACCAAGUUAUAUACAUAACCAUAUCUGUCGUCGGUGGUAUCCCAAUCAUUGGUGACACAGCACAAUCCAUCAUCACCACACAAACAGACAUGGCAAGUCAAUUGAUCAAUACCGCAACUUCUUCAAUCAAGGAGAAUGGCAUAUUUGGAGCUAUCACGUCAGCUGUAGAACAAGUUGUAAGUGAGGCACAAGAUGCAAGUGCAUCCAUCAUCCAAAAGGGUACCGAAUCAGUCAGCCAAGUUUUAGACACGACCAUAUCUGCUGUCGGUGGUAUCCCAAUCAUUGGUGAUGCGGCACAAUCCAUUAUCACGUCACAAACAGACAUGGCAAGUCAAUUGAUCGAUGCCACAACUUCUUCGGUCAAGGAGAAUGGUAUAUUUGGAACUAUCACGUCAGUAACCACGUCAGUAACCCAAAAUGUUAUAAACGGGGCACAAUCAACAACUGAAUCCAUCACCGAGUCAGUCAGCCAAGCUUUAGACACAACCACAUCUGCUAUCGGCAGUAUCCCAAUAAUUGGUGAGGCAGCACAAUCCAUUAUCACCUCACAAACAGAUUCCGUCAAGGAGAAUGGUAUAUUUGGAGCUAUCACUUCAGCAGCCAAAAAUGUUAUAAGCGAGGCACAAUCAACAACUGAAUCCAUCAUCCAAAAGGGUACCGAUUCAGCCAGUCAAGCUUUAGACACAACCAAAUCUGUUAUCGGCAGUAUCCCAAUAAUUGGUGAUACAGCACAAUCCAUCAUCACCACACCAACAGACAUGGCAAGUCAAUUGAUUGAUACUACAACUUCUUCAGUAAAGGAGAAUGGUAUAUUGGGAGCUAUCACAUCAGCAGGUAAAAAUGUUAUAAGCGGGGCACAAUCAACAACUGAAUCCAUCAUCCAAAAGGGUACCAACUCAGCCGGCCAAGCUUUAGGCUCAACCAAAUACUUUGUCAUCGGUAUCCCAAUCAUUGGUGAUGCAGCAGACUCCAUCAUCACUAAACAAACAGACAUGGCAAAUCAAUUGAUUGAUAGUACAACUUCUUCGGUCAAGCAGAAUGGUAUAUUUGGAGCUAUCACGUCAGCAGCUGGACGUGUUGUAAACGAGGCACAAGCAACAGGUACAUCCAUCAUCCAAAAGGGUACCGAGUCAGCCAGCCAAGCUUUAGACACAACCAAAAAUGUUGUUGGUGGUAUCCCAAUCAUUGGUGAUGCAGCUCAAUCCAUCAUCACCAAACAAACAGACAUGGCAAAUCAAUUGAUCGAUACCACGACUUCUUCUGUCAAGGAGAAUGAUAAGGAUAAUGACUGA